GUUCAAAGCAAGAUGACAUAAUAAAACCGCUUUCGCAAAGCUGUUGCUUUUUGACUUUCACCCACCACCAGCCCACCACCACUUCAAUAAGUCGUUGUUUUUCUGGUCCUCUUUCCUCUCAAAUUCGGUCGCUCAAAUUUCUCUCUGCACGCAAUGGACAACAUGAACAAAUCUCUCGACGAUAUCAUUAAAUCUCGUCCGAGGACCCACCGCCGCUCUAGUGGCCGUAAUGCUCGUGCACAGGUGCUUGGAAAGACUCCUGCUGCGGCUGCUCCUGCCGCUCGUCAGCGUAUCAAAGUUGCGAAAGCGCCACCUGCACUGCCUGCAACUGCUCAGCAGCCCGCAGAUAAAAUUAUUGUCUCGAAUUUGCCUCAGGAUGUCAAUGAGCAACAGGUUAAGGAACUAUUCCACACCACUGUUGGUCCUCUGCGUGAGGUUACUCUUCAUUACGACAGUGCGGGUCGCUCUAAAGGCGUUGCCGCCGUCCUGUUUCAACGCAAAGGAGAUGGUACAAAGGCGUUCCAGCAGUACAACAACCGACUCAUUGAUGGCAAACGACCCAUGAAGAUUGAGAUUGUUGUCGACCCAACGCGCGCUGCUCCCGGGCCAUCUCUAGCUGCUCGAGUCGCCCCUGCUACUGUCGCUGCUCAGCCUAAUGGGGCCCAUAAUGCUAAUGGCACGAGAGGCGGAGCUCGCAGAGGAAGAGGUCGUGGCGGCAGAACUCGCAAGAAUGAACGUCCCAACAAAUCCGCUGCCGAUUUGGACGCUGAAAUGGAGGACUACACCUCCACCACUGCACCUGCCGCCACCACAGCGGCAGCUUAGGUAUAUGUGUAAUUGGAAUGCUGAAUUAUUUCUUGCAGCGGUAUUGACCUUUUUACGACUGACGAUACGUACAAUACUUCACUUUACUACCUCUCACCGUAAAUGUGUAUACUUUCACUCGAUUCCUUCUGUUGUUAUUGUUAUCAUUGAUCAACGUGUUUGAGAUGAAAGAAAAA